AUGACGGAUUUACAUGAAGCCUGCCCAGCUAGCUAGUUAGCUUACUAGCUCCUAAAGUGAGGCACAGGAACCGUUAUCUGACGACAACCUUGAGAAACGCCGAAUUUCACUCUCACUAUCGCUAUAACUAUGCUGUUUAGCCCGAACAGCUUGGGGGAAUGUCUGCAGGAAUGGGGAGAUUUAGAAAAAGACUAUCAACAAAUCCAGGAGACCCACCGGUUAUAUAAACAGAAGCUGGAGGAGGUCUCAAAACUACAAGACUCGUGCUCCAGCUCCAUUGCACGGCAACGGAAACGACUGAAGGAGCUGUCGGUGUCACUCGACGAGUGCAGGCAGAAUGGCGGGCCAGGCAGCGUGUCUGCUAUCGAGGAGAUUCAGGAGUGCAUGAAGGAGAGGCCCAAUGUGUUCUUCGAAAUGGAGGCCUUCCUACCAAAGAAGAAUGGGUUAUACCUGAGUCUUGUUCUUGGGAAUGUGAAUGUCACUCUGCUGAACAAGCAUGACAAGUUUGCCUACAAGGACGAGUAUGAGAAGUUCAAACUCUAUCUGACCGUUCUGCUGCUGCUCUUCUCCUUCACCUGCCGCUUCCUACUCAGCUACAGGGCGGUGGACGCGCUGUUUAACUUCCUGUUAGUGUGGUACUACUGCACUCUCACCAUCCGUGAGAGCGUCCUCAUCAGCAACGGCUCAAAGAUCAAAGGCUGGUGGGUGUUUCAGCAUUAUGUCUCAACCUUCCUCUCUGGCGUGAUGCUCACAUGGCCAGAAGGGGAGUUGUACCAGAUGUUCAGGAGCCAGUUCCUCUCAUACUCCUUAUAUAUAAACUUUGUGCAGUUCCUUCAGUACUACUACCAGAGUGGCUGCCUGUACAGGCUUCGAGCGCUGGGGGAGAGACACAACAUGGACCUGACAGUAGAGGGUUUCCAGUCGUGGAUGUGGAGAGGACUGACCUUCCUGCUGCCCUUUCUCUUCUGUGGCCACUUCUUCCAGCUCCAUAAUGCAGUGACCCUCUUCAGGAUGACCCAGCUGCCUGAGUGGAAGGAGUGGCAGGUCCUGAUGUGCAGUGCCACGUUCCUGGUUCUCUUCAUGGGCAACUUCUUCACCACCCUGGGGGUCGUCUACCAGAAAUACAAGAACCAGGACAAGGCCAAAGCUGUGUAAUAGGAACCCAGACGAGGCCGCGAGGCUGGAGGGAUUCUGGACUGGACCCACCUCCACGCCAGGGAGGGAUUCUGGACUGGACCUGUGCUGUGUCCAGUGCUAUUUGCUGUUUGGGCCUCUGUGACAAGCUUAGCACUUCAGGAAUUGAAGCUCUCCAAAAAGAUUGUGUGUUUCUUUUUUUUCUUUUUUACUUUUAUAUGUCGUAUUUGUAUUCUGGAGUUUCGUUUUUGUUUGUUUUUGUCUUGCAAACGGUUUACAUGUACUUGUUGCACUAAUGUAUUUAAAUAUGUAUUGUCAUUGGCUUUGUGUGUGUGUGUGUGUGUGUGUUUAUAUACUGUAGGCGACGUAUGUGUAAGACUGCGAGUGUGUUUUCAAGUGUGUGUGUGUGUGUGUGUGUGUGUGUGUGUUUAUAUACUGUAGGCGACGUAUGUGUAAGACUGCGAGUGUGUUUUCAAGUGUGUGUGUGUGUGUGUGUGUGUGUGUUUGUGUGUGUGUUUAUGUACAUCUGUAAUACUGUAAGUGUGUUUUCAAGUGUGUGUGUGUGUGUGUGUGUGUGUGUGUGUGAGUGUGUGUGUGUUGGACAGAGGUUGCUCAGUGCUCUGUGAAUUACAGCACUGUGACUGUUUGUAGUGAACAGCUUAGAUGGUUACUGCAGUUCUCCCAAAUCAAAAGGGAUUCAACCCGUUUUGCUGUGCUCCCGGACCCCUAACAAACAUGCUCCUCAGUUGUGCUGUGCUCACGGACCCCUAACAUGCUCCUCAGUUCUCCUCCCAAAUCAAAAGCGAUUCAACCCGUUGUGCUGUGCUCCCGGACCCCUAACAUGCCCCUCAGUUGUGCUGUGAAUACAGGACAUCACGAUUGUCUUCUUGCACUCCAUGUAAAGCAAUAAACAGCCAUCAUGA